GAGGAGACACCCAAAAGGGGACCCGGACUCCUGGGUCCCCUCUCCCGAUCUCCUGGGUCCCCUUUCCCGAUCUCCUGUGUUGACCCCCCCGAACUCCUGGGUCCCCUCCCCGAACUCCUGGGUCCCCUCCGGAACGCCUGGGUCCCUGCCAGUCUCCUGGGUCCCCUCCCCGAACUCCUGGGUCCCUCCCGAACUCCUGGGUCCCACCCCCGGCCGCCUGGGUCCCCUCUUGGCAGUGGGGGGAGGGGCACAUUUGUGCAAAGCUCAGCAGUUCAAUGGGGGGAAGGGUUGAGGCUCCCGGACGCCUGGGUCCCCUCUCGGAUGCCUGGGUCCACUCCGGUCACUUGGGGGGCACCCAAGCGGCACGGGGGGGGUGGGGUCAGGCCCGAACGCCUAGGUCCCCUAUAACCUGAACGCCUGAGUCCCUCCCCCGGACUCCUGGGUCCCUCCCUGAACUCCUGGGUCCCCUCUCGAACUCCUGGGUCCCCUCUCGAACUCCUGGGUCCCCUCUCGAACUCCUGGGUCCCCUCCCGAACUCCUGGGUCCCCCCGGACACCUGGGUCCCUCCUGAACUCGUGGAUCCCUCCCGGACGCCUGGGUCCCCUCCUGGACGCCUGGGUCCCCCCUGAACUCCUGGGUCCCCUCCCGAACUCCUGGGUCCCCUCCCGAACUCCUGGGUCCCCUCCCGAACUCCUGGGUCCCCUCUCGAACUCCUGGGUCCCCUCCCGAACUCCUGGGUCCCCCCGGACACCUGGGUCCCCUCCCGAACUCCUGGGUCCCCUCCCGAACUCCUGGGUCCCCUCCCGAACUCCUGGGUCCCCCCCGAACUCCUGGGUCCCCUCCCGAACUCCUGGGUCCCUCCUGAACUCCUGGAUCCCCCCCGGACGCCUGGGUCCCCUCCCGAACUCCUGUGUCCCUCCUGAACGCCUGGAUUCCCCCCCAGACGCCUGGGUCCCCCCCGAACUCCUGGGUCCCCCCCGAACUCCUGGGUCCCCCCCCGAACUCCUGAGUCCCUCCUGAACUCCUGGAUCCCCCCCGGACGCCUGGGUCCCUCCUGAACUCCUGAGUCCCAGACGCCUGGGUCCCUCCCGGACGCCUGGGUCCCCCCGGACGCCUGGGUCCCCGCGAUGGAGCCACCGACGCCCGUGUCCCCCUGGGACCUGGGGGUGAUCGUCGGGUACCUCGUCCUCGUUCUCGCCGUGGGGCUCUGGUCCCUGCGCCGCGGUCGCCGCGACACCAUCAGCGGGUAUUUCCUGGCGGGGCGGAGCAUGAGCUGGGGACCCGUGGGGGCGUCGCUGUUCGCCAGUAACGUGGGCUCCGGUCACUUUGUGGGGCUGGCGGGGACGGGGGCGGCCGGAGGAAUCGCCGUGGGGGGGUUCGAGUGGAGCGGCAUGUUCAUCGUGCUGCUCCUGGGCUGGGUCUUCGUCCCCAUUUACAUGCGGGCAGGGGUGACGACGAUGCCGCAGUUCCUGGCCCAGCGGUUCGGGGGGGGGCGGAUCCGCCUGUUCCUGGCGCUGCUGUCGCUGGUUCUUUACAUGUCCACCAAGAUCUCGGUCGACAUGUACUCGGGCGCCAUCUUCAUCCGGGCGGCGCUGGGCUGGGGGCUCCUCCCGGCCGUGGGGGCGCUGCUGGGGGUCACCGCCCUCUACACCAUCACCGGGGGCCUGACGGCGCUGAUGUUCGCGGACCUGCUGCAGACGCUCAUCAUGGUGCUGGGGGCGGCCGUGCUGGCGGGAUAUGCACUGGGCGCCGUGGGCGGCUACGAGGGGCUGCGGAGCCGCUACCCCCUGGCCCUGCCCCCCAAUGUCACGGGUCCCUGUGGGCGCCCCCGGCCCGACGCCUUCAACCUGUUGCGCAGCCCCCAUGAUGGGGACCUGCCCUGGACCGGCCUCAUCCUGGGGCUGGGGGUCAUCUCGGCCUGGUACUGGUGCACUGACCAGGUGAUCGUCCAGCGCUGCCUGGCCGGCCGCUCCCUCACCCACGUGCGCGGCGGCUGCGUGGUCUGCGGGUACCUCAAGGUGCUGCCCAUGUUCCUCAUGGUGCUGCCCGGCAUGGCCGCCCGCGUCCUCUUCCCCGAGGUCGUGGGUUGUGCCGACCCCCAGCGCUGCCUCCGCGCCUGUGGGAGCCCCCUGGGCUGCUCCAACCUGGCCUAUCCCCAGCUCGUCGUCAGCCUCCUGCCCCCCGGGCUGCGGGGCCUCAUGCUGGCCGUGGUGCUGGCCGCGCUCAUGUCGUCCCUGGCCUCCAUCUUCGCCAGCUCGGCCGCCCUGUUCAGCCUCGACGUCUACAAGAGGCUGCGGCCCCGAGCGGGGCCCCGGCAGCUCCUCAUCGCCGGCAGGCUGUGGGUGGCGGCCAUGGUGGGGCUGAGCCUGGCGUGGCUGCCGGUGGUGGAGGCGGCACAGGGGGGGCGGCUCUUCGACUACAUCCAGGCCGUGGCCAGUUACCUCGCCCCCCCGGUGGCCGCCGUCUUCUUCCUCGCCGUCUUCGUGCCCCGCGUCAACGAGCCCGGCGCGUUCUGGGGGCUGGUCGGGGGGCUGUUGCUGGGGCUGGCGCGGCUGCUCCCGGAGGUGGCGCUGGGGACGGGGUCGUGCGGGUCCCCCGGGCGCUGUCCCCGCCUGCUCUGCGGGCUCCAUUACCUGCACUUCGCGCUCCUGCUCUUCCUCGUCACCGGCGUCAUCGUCGUCGCCGUGUCCCUCUGCUACCCGCCCAUCCCCCGCGUGCACCUCCACCGAUUGGUGUUCAGUCUCCGGAAUAGUCGGGAACCGCGAAUCGACCUUGACCAAUCAAAGGACGUGACCGGUGAUAUCCAGCUCCAAGACGUGGAGGCGGUGCCGGGGACUCAGGGGGCGGAGCCACCAGAAGGGGCGGGGUCACGUGGACCGGGGGGCGUUUCCCCAGUCCCGGCCCCGCCCCCCGAGGACCCUCGCUGGAGCCGAUUGGUCGAUGUCAACGCCAUCGUCCUGAUGGGCGGCGCCGUCUUCCUGUGGGCUUAUUUCGCCUGAAAUUGCCCCAAAAAUGACCCAAAAUGAGCUUGAAAUGACCCAAAAUGUGCCUGAAAUGCUCCAAAUGGGCCCAAAAUGCCCCAAAAUGAGAUUAAAAUUGCCCAAAAUGAA